UGUAGGGGACGUCGGCAAGACGCGUCCAGAGUGAAUGACUGCCGCUGCGUGUGUUUGUGUGACAUUGUGACAGGACAAAACUCAUCAGAAACAAACGGUUCGGAUUCGCGUCUGCAGGUGAAGCAGAAUCAGAGGGAAGGGACGUGGGAUCCGGAGAUGCGUCACGGUGGUUGGUGUCUUUACGCACAGAGGAGCUGCGCGGCGCACCGCUCACUUUCAUGAGAUUACAAAACAGUUUAGCCACUCUGCAGCCAGCGUGUGAAAUUCAGCCUGCCUGACUGACCUACAUCCCCGGAGUUUUUGGUUUUUUCCCCCCCUCAAAUUUCAGAAGAAUGUGUUCACCUUAAAGGCGUGAAACAAAAAUUACUGUGAGCAGCGCAGGUGGAUUUCCUCCCGCAUGAUGUACACAAUCACAAGAGGUCCAAGCAAACUGGUUACCCAGAGGAGAACAGGACCCACUCAGCAGCUGGAGAGCAAAAUAAAUGACUUCAAGCACAAACAGACGUCCUGGAACAUGCCGGACCUUCCUGCACCCAAGAUAGUUUUCAACCGUCUGAACGGGAAGAAGCACCAUCUUCCCGCUCUGGCGCUCCCCGCAGACAGCAGGCAUGAAGAGGCUUUCUCCCCGGAGCACGAGGAAAACGUGAAGUUCAUCUCUGAGGCCUGGCAGGAGGUGGCUCAGGCGGAGGAAGGUCGAGGAGAGCAGGACUCCCAGACGGCGGUUUACUACAAAGAAGCGUCUGCUGGACCACACAUGGACAGCUUUGUGCCCAUAGAUCUGGACGAGUGGUGGGCCCAGCGCUUCUUGGCCAACAUCGACAAGCUGUCCUGACGUUCCAGACUGGAUCUGAUGCUGUUUGCCAGUCAGGAGGUGAGAACCGAGGAACGGCUCACCGAGGAGAAACGAAGCCUGCUUCUGUAGGUGUGACGGCUCAGACGGCCCAGGGAUGCUUUAGAUGGACUGACAGCGCUGGGACGCUGACCCCAACGCUGCUGAGAGCUACUUCAGUGUCUGAAAGACCAGAUGCAGGAUAAGGUUUCUGGUGGUGUUUAUGGUCACAGCAGAGACAGUUUGAAUGCAGUAAAAUUAUGUUUUUCCAAGA